GAAAAUACGUUGCGAUAAUUCACUUGCAACUUGGCGUGGAAGUGCUUGACAGAGGUGCAUCUAAAAUGACUUAAACAUCGGCCGUCGGUGAUUUCGAAAGAAACAGCAGGUGGUCUCACCAUGACAACCCAACUCGUCGAUUGUAUACCAGUGUACAGGAAAUGUUUUUUACUCUCGGCCAUACUCGGGUGUCUCCUUCCCGCUUUAGUCGCGUCGACACCGUCUAUUUGCCCAGUAAAAUGCAAAUGUCUUCCCAACAAGCAGAUUCUAUGCCAGGAGACGGGUCUGGACUCACUCCCGACCAAGUACAUCCCGAAGGACGCUCGACAGAUUCUUCUGAUGAGCAACAGCAUCUCGCGGAUUCCGAACGAUGCUUUCAAGCACUUCAGGCACCUCAAGAAGUUGCUGUUGGACAACAACCAGAUCACGGUUGUCGCCCCAUACGCGUUCAGAGGUUUACGUGAAAUGGAAGAGCUGAGCUUACAGAAUAACCCUCUGACUCUGCUGGCGAGCUACGCCUUCUCAGGUCUCCAGCACAUUCAGUUCCUCAACCUCGGAUACAAUCGAGUCCAAAGCAUCGAACCCAAUGCUUUCGCCGAAUCGAGGAACAUCGAGCACAUCUCACUGGACGCAAAUCCUCUAGUCAUCAUCAAGACGAAGGCCUUUAAUGAUAUCAGAGACGUCGGGGUCAUCUACAUGCCGCUCCGAGUGGACACUAUACAGGCGGACGCUUUCCACGGCUUAGAGAACGUCACCGAGCUCGCGUUCGAUCAGAUGAAAUCCGACGCGAUCGGUCAAUUCGCUUUCCGGGGCCUCAGCAAAGUUGAUCGCAUCAUCAUAAGCAACUCCGUCGUGCGCGUCUUCGAUUCAGGCGCAUUCACGGGCCUGCAGGAUGCCAACACUAUCAUCCUCGAAGGAAACAUCAUUCAGACGAUCAAGGCCGCCACCUUCGCCGGCACGCGGAAUGUGCGCUCGGUCAAACUCGUGAACAACCGAAUUACAAACUUGGUCCCGGGCUCGCUGGACGGUCUGAGUCCUGAAAUUCGCCAGCUCCGCGGCAACUAUAUACCAUGCGAUUGUAGACUAGGGUGGGUUCAGGCGAUGCUCAAAAUGUCGCACGCGACGAACACGACGUUCUGCUCGGAGCCUUCGGAGUUGCAUAACACGACGGUGGCGCACGCCCUCGAGAUUCAGCGAGCCCAGGAGCAGCUGAGUUUCAACCAGAUUCAUACAACAUGUCGCCCCGAGGACUUUGAGCCUAAAAAAGGCUAUUCGGAACAGCAGAAGGUAAACACGGCGACGACGUCGUCAUCUAGCAGACGGACCUUGGGAUCAAGUUCGGUGUUGUUGUCGCUGCUGCUGUUGCUUCUGUCGCCAGAAGCAGUCAUAAGCGUGAGCGUCCCGAGGCUGUAG